AUGUCAGAGAAAGAGGCUACAGAAGCUAAUGAAAUCCAAUCAUCGCUCACAGAUCAAAACGUUGAUGGAAAGAGUUAUAAGAUUUUAUUACCUGAUGGAACAGAUGUCAACGUAAUCAAAAACUGGACUCAAAUGGAAGAGGCCAGAGCCAGGAUGAAAGUUGAUCUGACGCUUUUACCUCUGCUUAUUGCCGGUUUCUUUGUUUUGCAACUGGACCGUGGUAAUCUGUCCAAUGCUUUAACUUCUACGCUUAGAGAAGAUGUUGGGCUGUCAAGUUACCAAAUCAACGUUGGACAGCAGUUGUUAUCAUUGGGUAUAGUUAUCGGAGAAAUUCCGAGCAACUAUGUAUUACAAAAGAUUGGCCCAGCUCUAUGGUUGCCAUUCCAAAUCCUGGUUUGGGGUGCUAUAGCACUCGCUCAAGGAUGGAUUAGAAACUAUGGAGGCUAUAUUGCAACGAGAUUCUUGUUGGGGAUUGGGGAGUCCGGUUUCAUUCCGGGUGGCUUAUACACUCUGUCCAAGUUUUAUACUGCUAAAGAACUUGGUCGUCGUCAUACCAUUUACUUUGUGGGUAACUUGCUGGCUAGUGCACUCAGUGGUCUUAUUGCUGCAGGUAUUCUUCAAGACUUGACGGGAGUGAACGGAUGGAGUGGUUGGAGAUGGCUUUUCUUCAUCGAAGGUGUCUGUACCUUGUUUGUUGGCAUUGUGUACCUUUUCCUUUUACCAAAAUCUACACAGGACACAUCGACUCUUUUAUUUCCAAAAUGGCAAAUGUUUAAUGAAAGAGAACGUUAUAUUUUGACACAGAGACUUUUACUAGACGAUCCACUGAAAGCCCUUGACCUUAAGAGGAGUGUAAAAUGGAAAGAUAUUGGCAAAGCAGUGACUCAAUGGAGAGUAUGGCUGCACUUCCUUCUUACACUCACCGCCUUGUCCACCGCAGGUCCAAUCAACACAUACUUGCCAACCAUUGUGAGACAAAUGGGCUAUACACAGUUUCAGGCAAAUGCAAUGUCCACAAUCGGUACAUGGAUCUCACUGGUAUAUCUGUUGAUAAUUGGUCAAAUUCAAGAUCGUUACAAGCCUAGAGCUGCAACCAUUAUAGUGAUAUCCGGCUUACAAGCGGUGUUCACUAUUGUGUUGAGAUGUGUGACAACAACAGCAGGGAACACCACAAGACUGGCUAUCUUGAUCAUGGUUCAAAGUUUCAUCUCCUUGCCUCACAUUGGUAAUACCAGCUGGGUGAGUGUCAAUUCCAGAUUGCCAACAGAUAGAGCUGUUCACCUUGCCUUGGUUGUGAUGGCUGCUAACUGUGGUGGCAUUUACAGUUCCCAGAUCCUGAACAGCGACGAUGGGCCUUACUUUACCUCUGCCUUCACUGCACUUGCUGUUAUAACCUGUGUCUGUUUCUUGGUUUCAGUAAUCACUUACUUACAGUACAUUUACACCAACAAGGAGUUGACUAAAAAGUAUGGAGAAGUUCAGGUUAAAGAAUCAUUUGACAUCAAGAAAAACAUCGAUGGAGAAGGCUUUAUUGUCUUGGAUUGUUCAGAGCAGGAAUAUUCAAACCAUACAGACAGGUAUAAAACAUUCAGGUUUACACCUUAG